UAUAGUAUAGUAUAUUAACUACCCUGGCAUUGUCACAGUUUUAUGAGGUAAUAUAACCUGCAAGUGUUAAAGUUCUGCAUCGAAAAAAAAAAUAAAAAAUCCUUGCCCCUAUAUUUCAACACACUGUAAACUACUGGCCUACGUUGCAUUUUUUGUGGGCAACAACAAAACAAUAAACACAACGAGAGAGGAAGUGAUCUCAGCGUGAGUUUAAUGACGCAUUUAUGUACUUUUCGGAGCGUGGGAAAAUUGGAGCGAGCGAACGCAAUCGCGCGCCGACGAGUGAAGCGGCGGAGAUUGCGCAAACUAAAUCUUUAAGCAUUUGUACGGGUGGCACCACUCGUAGCAGGCAUGGCCCCGACGCGUCAAAUCAAAGUAAAGCGAUUCACUUAUCUUAUCUAGCUACUCAAACAGAAACCAAAUCGAGCAUUACAACUCAAGCGCUGGUGUAGACACGGAAGUGUACGGGGAUCAGUGAAUGCGGCAUUAUUUCCUGUUCUGAGGAUAUAUACCGUCAGUGGAAGCAGUUUAAUGUCUUUUAUGUUCAGGUAUUUGCCUGACGCGCGGUUUGACGCUUCUCCUCCGAGCUAUGGCCGCGUAGGAAGCUUUUCGGAGAUGUUUUGGGAACACUUCGCCGCGGCUCGACGACUCGGAAAUCCAGCGGGCUCGACGAGAGAGUGAAAGACAUGGACAACUCUGUCACCCUGUGGCAGUUCCUUCUCCAGCUCCUGUUGGACUCUAGUAAUGAGCAGCUCAUCUGCUGGACCAACGAAGAAGGGGAGUUCAAACUGCUGCAGGCGGAGGAGGUGGCCCGGCUGUGGGGCGCCCGCAAGAACAAGCCCAACAUGAACUACGACAAACUCAGCAGGGCGCUCAGAUACUACUACGACAAGAACAUCAUAAAGAAGGUGAAUGGUCAGAAGUUUGUGUACCGCUUUGUGUCCUACCCGGACAUCCUGAAAGGAGACGUUGCUACCCGAACUGAGGGCGGGGAUGCGAGUGCCGGGGGCGUCCCUUCACUCUUAAAGAGGGGGGACAGCACUCUGCAGGAGGGUGAGUCUGGCGACAGAGCCAAGGUGGGGGGUGGCACAGCAGCUCUGGGCUCCAGCACCAAGCAGUCAAAUCGCAAUGACUAUAUCCACUCGGGCCUGUACACCUCCUUCACCCUCAACUCUCUGCAAAACGGACGCCAGCUCUUCAAGUCCAUCAAAAUAGAGAAUCCGGGUGAGAAAAUGGCCGAGAAGAGGGGUCUCACCGCCACCUCACAGAGCCAGGAGGCCCUGCCUCAGCCGCAGCAGCUAACCGCCGUGCCGUCGGUCAUCAAGUUCGGAAACACCCCUCCCAAACCAGCACCAGCACCUCCUCCUCAGGUCGCCAUAGAGCCCGCCCUGAUGCCCAGCCAGCUGGACCCUCUCCAAGCGACGCUGCAGAGGGCCGAAGACAUCAGCACACACUCCUCCUCCCUGGCCCCCCAGUCCAUCUACCCCUUCGAACACAUGCGCCCGUCGGAGCCGGCGUUCAGCCUGCCGGACCUGACCUCGGCCAGCCCGUCACCGAGCCUCGCGCCCGACUCCUCCCAGGAGCUGGUGAUCGACAGCGACAUCGAGUCCAGGUCCUCUCAGCCCGCGGACGCUCAGGCUCCGGAGCCGGCAGACGUUCACGCACAGGAGAAGGUGGACAGCGGCAUGGGUCUGUCUGGAGAUGAGACCAGUCUGGUGGACGCUGAAACCAGUUCGUCCUCAGUGAGCAGCAGCACCACAGUCAGCACCCAGAGCUCAUUGAAGACACGCAAGCCACCGAAAGUCCUGCAGAUCAGCCCCCCCGCCCUGCUGGUCACCGCCUCCGACUUUUCUCCCAUGAACCUCUGCAGCCCCUCGCUACCGACUGCAUCUCUGACACCAGCAUCUCUGAUACGUGACACUCCUACUCUUUUGCUGACUCCCAGUCCCCUGCUGUCCAACAUCCACUUCUGGAGCACGCUCAGUCCGGUCGCUCCGCUCAGCCCAGCCACACGGCGCCAGGGGGGUCACCUGUUCCAGUUCCCGUCAGUUCUCACCCCUCAGUUCCAGAUUCCAGUGCACAGCAUGGACGGGACCAACACACCCGGCCCCAUCUCACCCGACCCCCAGAAAACAUAGGAUCAGCGGGUUCCUCCCCACACGCAGCGUCGCAGACGAUCCCUCCCGUCACUUCUGCUUCAGCUCUCACAUCCAGGACAAUGAUCUGGGAGCCGAGUCCGUCAUCAUCACUCUGGAGUUUCACUGCCACAGAAUUCAUACUUCAUUCAAGUGUGUGAGCGGAGGGAGGGUGUGGAGAAGCGUUGGCUGGAUGAGGGCGACGGCACCUUCACCCUUCAGGAUGUUUUUCUGUCCGUGCACAAGCUGACGCCACCGUCAUUUUCCCCCCUGAUGUGACUCAUUUUGUCCGGCUUUUGUGGAAUACUCAGUCCAAACGAUCCAAAGCAGGGAAGAAGAAUCGCCAUGGCAACAACGCGUGCGCUCGGAUUGGACCGUCGGCAUCCAUCGUUCUGUUUCACGCUUUGGACGCAGAGCGUUUGCAGAUAUCUGAAUCUCUCCUUUUAUAGAAUUUCCGUCUGAUUUCGUGCAAGUUGUGUCGUCGGCUAAUAAGACGGGUUUUAUGCCGUCGGUUCCCGGCCUGUUUUUCUCCUGCGCUCACGAUGAGUCUUUCUGUGCUCCGUCCUUAACUUUUACUCUAGCUCAUUGGUGAUGCUUUAACCUUAUACUCUGCAUGUUUACCUGCAGCUCUCUUUACCUGAGCUUAAAUGUCAAGCCUUGCCUCAGCUGCUCCGAAACGUUGGCCAUAUCCACAGAGUUUUUACCUUAUGACACGUGGCCGCAAUCCAAGACGAACCUCGAAUCAUGCCUCUAUGUGUCAGUUCUAAUGUACAGUAUAUAAGCCGUAGAAUAGGCCUGAAAGCCAGCGUGGCCUGGUCUGCCUUCAGUCGGUAAACUUUCACGUGGGAAUGAAAGACAGCAAAGCCAUAACCCCCCCCCCCCGUGCAUGCAUCUCGUCCAUGCAUCAUGUACUACGCACCGCCCUACCUAAACACCUCGACGUCAAAGACUCCCACACUUUGAAGGGUUUCAAAUUAAAUGUCGCACGGUUCCAGGAACAGUUCCAGUGUUUGUUUGCUUUCUUGCCGUGAACUAGACGAGGAGGUGGAGACUGGGAAGUAGCUGGAGGGAAACUGGCUCCGUCCAGACACAACACAAUUUGCCUUCCAUCACUUCUGAAGCUCAAUGAUUAGCUGGUUUAUGAUGGGGUUAAGGGCCGGACUAUUUCUAAGUGAAAACGUGCACAAAUGAGAUGUAACUAAGUGAAGGGUCUUCAAUGUUUUUCAUGUCACUGACCCCAAAACUGAUGGAGAGAUUAAGUAGGGACCCCCUACCUACUGUACGUGUCCUAUAUUAAACUCAGCCUAGUGCUUUUUUAAAAAUACAUUAUUAUCAUCAUUUGCAUUCAAUUUUAAGCUAUUCAAAUAAUACACAGGUUCAAAUAUAUAUAAUAUUUGUUUUAAUUUCAAGCAUGUGCAGCAGUAGAGCGGCCAUGCAAACAUAAACAUGAAUACAUACGGAUAAAUAUGGGACUUAAUCCUGGGAACUGAAAAAUGAAGUUAAUGAAAUAUGCUUUUGAAGGCAGAUUGUUUUGUCGCCAGCUACAAAUUCACAAUAAACACACACACACGACUUUCGGCAAGAAGGCAAAUAAAUGUCAAACUACUCCUUAAGAUCAGCUGGAACUGAAACCAGGUGCAGUUGUUUCAGUUAAACUCUGAUGUAACCUCCAAAUGUUGGUGCCUACAUUCUCCUUGUUCCAGUCUGAACGGUCUCAACCUUCUGAAACACACUGAUGAGUCUCUGCCUAAUCGGAUAUUAAUCAUUUGUGUACCUCUAAAAUUGCUCCAGCAUGGGCUCUGUUAGACCUCUAUGCUGUCUGCUCCCCCCCCCAGCCCUCAUCACUGGGGCUAUAACUCCAGUGUCUGGCCAUGUAAGAGUAAGACUCGACCCCCCCCCUCCACAUCCAGCCUGCUGAUCAUCAUAACGUUUCGUGUACACCGACAUUUACACCGAGGGCUGCAGAAACCCUUUGAAUCUCUCCUAUAGAUUAUCAGCCAUCGCGCCUGUUCCUCCUGAUUUUAAAGCCAUAAAGUCUGAGACGCAGACUGAAGAGGUAGAUCCCACUUUGCUAUGCUGUUAAAGAUGGAUAGUUUAUAUCACACAUGUUUACAUGGCACUCGGAUAGAACCCACUGAAGUGUGCGCGUUCGCCAAAGUGUCACUUUCUAACCCAGGGAUGGAUGACCAGUGAAUCUUUUAGGGCGAAGACUUAUUUCUACUCCCAGACCCCGGCCCCCUCAGCCUCCAGUCCAUCACAGUGAUACAAGGUGCCUUACCACAGCCGAGCCCAAGUUUCCUCCGUCAAACGUGGAUGUGGAGUUCCGUCACCGGAAAGGUGACAAAGAGAGGUCUAGCGGUGUAUAACAGUGCUCCUGUUUGCUUUUUAUGCCAUAUCUUUGCGUAGACCAAACCCCAGAAACACAGGGAUGUCUCGUGCACGUGCACACCGAGGUUCGAACGCGCCUCGGCGUUUUGCUUUUCUGGAUGCAUCAUUGUACAUACAGACAACAAGUUGGGUUAAUAUGCACAGCAUGUCAAAUUCUAUCAGGCCAUGUCCCGUUCUGACCUGCUUUUCAAUGUUUGUGGUAAUAGAUCUACUCAGAACGUAUCUAAAUAUACAGUAUAUAGAAAAACCUGUUAAGUAUUUUUGUGUAACCUCUUUUUAUUUUCCUGUACCUGCCAAUAGAAUUUUAAGAUUAAUUUCUAUUUUUGUAACGGCCAAAUAGUUAGAUGUCCACUGUUUUUUUGAUUCUCUGAGUUAAUGUUUUCUUUGUGCAUGUUUUUUUUGUUGUUGUUGUUGUUGUUGUUUUUUUUGCCAGGCGAUGUCGGCUACUUUUUGGGAAUCAAAGCCUUAUGGGGGAAAAUAUAAAUCUAUGUUUUCUAUGUUGAGUGUUUUGAUAUACUGUCAUGUUGAUAUUGUAAAUGCAGAUGUGGUGAUGAAACGUUUGCACUUAAAAUCUUGGGGUUCCUGUUGUAUUGGAUUCUGUCACUUUUCUAUGACUCAUAUUUUUCUCUUUGAAAUGUUGUUACUUAUUGAGAAAUGUAUAUUUUUUUCCCAAAGGGAGGAUGCAAGUGUGCACUUCGUGUUUUGUACGACAAAUCGGGGCUAAAGAUCCAGCGUGUGUCGGGUUUAGAUUCUAUUUGCAGAAGACUUGUCAUUGUUAGACUUUCAUUGGUGUGUAAUCAUCCUUUAACUGUCAGUGUCAGUUUAAAAUGAGCCAAUCGUACAGCAGCGUUUUCUCCUAGAAGCUUGGACGUAGUUCGCUACAGUGACUCUGAAACCGACACACUGGUCCUUUAAGUCUAAUCUUUUACAGUGUUUGUCAAGUAAUUUUCACAAAUUUGUAAUUAGGCACUACCACACGAUAUUUAUUUAUGAGAAUUUAUUGUAGAGCACAAUAGAAUUGGAAGUCUAUAAUAUUGCUUUUUUGCAAUAACUUUUAUUAAAAAACAAAAAAAAGAGCCCAUUUAAAACAUUCAUACCGUGAGUUCUCCUCCUAAAACUGUCAUUUACAUUUUUCUUCAUUCUCUGAUGAUGUUUUCCCUCCACUUUAAAAUAUAAAAUCUUGUUUUUAAAGAACACAUUUCUUGCUUUGUCCUGUCCAGUUCUCUCUUUUUGAUGCUUUUUAUUUUUUUUUUCCAAAUGUUUACAAGCUACUUGUCUUAAGUGGCGUAUUGACACGUGAGGGGUGUUAUAACGGAAGGUGAGACCAAUAAUAAAAGAUCUCUAACCAUG